UUCUAAAUUGGGUUACUUUUAUUUAGUAUUGGAUCUUUUUGUCUGACUAAUCUUGGUAUUGAUAAAGUUUUUGUCUUUUUAAGGUUUGAUGUGUAAAAGUUUGAGUUUUGUGUGGAAGAAGUUUAAUUCGGGGAAGUCUGGUUUAUGGAAUUUGUUGAUUUGGUUUUGGAGCAAAAUGGUUGGCUUAUGCAUCCUUGGUGUUUAUUUGACUAUUGGGGUUUGUUUUCUUGGUAAUUUAGUGGUGAAUUGUAAUGCUUAGUAACGGUUGAAUCAGUGAGUGGUGGAAUAUUUGAUUUGAUGAAUUGUAGGGAUUAUGUAAAUGUUUGUUUUGUGUUGGAGAUCCUGGGUUUAAGUGCUGGAGACUGGGCUGCGAAUUACCUCACUAUCAACUACCCAAAUGCAACCAUGGUGGCACGGUUAUGGUGAUAAUACUAUGCCUUUGGCUAGUGAGAAUGCCGUUGCCCAGGAGAAAUCUGAAGGUGGCAACCAGGAUAAAGAAACAAAGGCUCUAGCCAUGGAAUCUGGAUCAGAUGGAAAUAACGAGCAAUACAAGCAGCACCUCAAGCAUUUUGCACCCACAACUGCUGCCAUCAUGGCUGAGCAGCAGAAGGAACUCACAGGUCAUUCAGCUAUGUUGGCGUCAUAUCCAUAUCCAGAUAUGCAGUAUGGGGGAAUGAUGACUUAUGGCGCACCUGUACAUCCCCACUUAUUUGAAAUUCAUCAUGCCCGAAUGCCUUUGCCUCUCGACAUGGAAGAGGAACCUGUCUACGUGAAUGCAAAACAGUACCAUGGAAUAUUAAGGCGAAGACAGAUAAGAGCUAAAGCAGAGCUUGAGAGGAAAGCUAUUAAAGCGAGAAAGCCAUAUCUGCAUGAAUCUCGGCAUCAGCAUGCUAUGAGAAGGGCAAGGGGAACUGGAGGCCGCUUUCUGAAUACUAAAAAGCUCAAUGACAUGGACUGUACACCAACGGAGACUCAAAAAUAUGGGGCAACCAUUGCAACUCACUCUGGCAACUCUUCUGGUUCCGGGAGUUCUGAUCAAGGGGGAAAGGAAGGAUCUACAGUUCAAGACAUGCACAAAGGACACAGCCAGAGUUUCACAACUGGCAAUGGCCAUGGUUCAUCUGUGUAUUUUUCCGCGAGCAGUGGAAGUGAGCAAGGGAAUGGCCAUUACGGUCAUGGAAGUUGGAGCCUGCUGGUCAAUCAGGCUUCUCAGGGGGCAGCUUCCAGCAAUUAAGAAGCUACUCUCCAAUGGUGGAGGGGUCAGCCCAGCAUGGUUCCGUCUCUUGCGUCGUUCAUGCAGGCAAUGCUGAACAUACAUGCAAGGUGGCAUGGGGCUAUGCUCAGGCAAUUCAUUCUUGGCUUGGUUACUUGUACUAUAUGAGCGGCGAUGAGGAAGAAAAUAGCAUAUGGCGAGUAUGAUACCUUACAAAUUCGCCAUUUAUUCGUAUUUCCUCUCACCCUGUAUGUAAAUAAGGAAAAAUAUAUGUUGGAAUGUAGGACUAGAAGCAGUUUGGAAUCUGAUACUUCAUAGUACUGCAUCAUCUUGAUUGUGUGUGGCUAUUUGUUGGAUGAGUUUGUAAAAUUGACAAUCUCAAAAGUUGUUUUUAUGCUGUUUGCUUGAUUUUCCAAUGAGGAUCUGCAAUCCUCUCAUCAA